AUCGGUUCGCGUAAAAGUUACAAGUGUGGUGUGAUGAUCGACGGUGACUAGACAAAUCCUUUCCCCUUUCGUUGACUAUUACUUUUACUAGCGAGGACCCCCGCCUAGUUGCACAUCACAAACCCGGAGGAUUCUUCCGUAUCUAGACAACUACGUGUUUGCGAUGCAUAGCGUUUCCGUUCGUAGAAGUGACACUGCGAACAUCCUUGAGGAGCAGUUACGCGAACCAGUGGUGAAAGUCCUAGACUUCGCGGAAAGUACCGAAUUUCCGAGACAACCAGCAAGCACGUGGACACCGGUUGCAGAAGUAGCGUCCACCUCGUCGUCCGUUUCUUCAUCUUCGCUGGAUAGCAAUCCGGGGUCUACUUCAACAAAACAAACAUCAACUACACCGAGGAGCAGCAGCAUCGGAGCAGUAGUUCGGCUGCUCACCGGAAAUAGAUGUCACAGCAGGGGGCGAUGCAGGGAAAGUUGCAGGCCGCUAAGCGUCGAUGCGAACCAAGUCGUUAAAUCUGCAGAGUCUAACCAGCGGCCGAUGUGCCUAGUUGCCGACCCGAGCGGAGGACUAGGAGUGAUAAGUUUGCUCGUCGUAACGUGUUACGAGCUGCAAACGUGUCUGGGUCUGGUACGAUAUAGAUGAUUUGUCUUGCUGCUCCUUGCGUUAACGGAAGUACUAUAUUUUUUUUUGGAUGUAGUUGUACCUGGUGAACAACUAAUAUAAAGUAGAAACGCAUACACGCAUGACAAACUGCCCUUCCGAGAAUUGAAUGUUAUUUCCUGCAGUGCUCAUGCUCAUCUGAGCAUGACAAACAAGUUCUCCACUCCAAUUUAUGCACUACAGAUCUCGUAGAAGCCCUAAGGUACGCAAAUUUUUGUUUCCCCAGGCACAUUUGCAUAUGGAUAUUUUUGCGACAAGAUCGAAGCUACUUCCUGGUGGGUUUGUCGACGCCAAGCCCGUCUACCACCUCUACCAAGUCAAACAAGCCACAGCCGGGCGACUGGUCGCUGCCGUCCGGGGGAGAAGCAAAUUUCCAACCGGGCAAACAUACGACCUUCGCAAAGAUCUUGGUGUCCACGGAGCAACCCUGGGCACAUCGUAUGAGACUGCGCAACCCCCCCUCCGCCUCAUCAUGAUUUGUCAUGCAAAAUACCAACUCAAGGUUGUAGUUCUCCGCACUGCUUGCAUGACAGCUUUCCGAAGUCCCAACCUAGUCACUGCCUGUUUGCUGAUUAUGAUUUGUCAUGCGGAGGCCACAGAACUUCUUUCAGUUCUGCUUCUACUACUGCUAGCUUGUGUUGCUGUUCAUGCCCCCCACUUCUCAAAUCAGGGGGAGGGGGAAUUGUGGAAUCUCAUACAGUGGCGGAAGCUGCUAUUGUACUUUCGACUACCAGCCGUGACUUGAUCAUCGAGUGCUUGACUUACUUCGAGGUCUUAUCCUGCGUGAAAACGUUCUCACCCCAGGGUGAAGCUUUUGCUGUUGUGCAUGACAAAUUUGGAAUCGCAGGGUCAUGUUGCGCAGCUAGUGGAGCAGUAUCGAAUAAAACUGAUCGGCUAUAUUUAUUUUGA